AUGAGAUCGGCAAUUUCAGAAAAUCUACUAAGAGUCACAAAUUCAAUAGAAACCCUAAAAUCCAGCUUAGGGAUCAAUUAUCCUAUUAGACUAAUUGCAGUUUCAAAAUUACAGCCAGCUGAAGCAAUAAGAGAGGCUUAUGACAAUGGCCAUCGAUAUUUUGGGGAAAAUUACGUAGAUGAGCUCGUACAAAAAGCAUCUCAGCUUCCAAACGACAUUAGGUGGCACAUGAUAGGACAUCUUCAAUCAAAUAAAAUCAAAAAAUUGCUUUCAGUUCCCAAUUUGGCUGCUAUAGAGACAGUAGAUAGUAUAGACUUAGCUACAAAGCUUAACACGCAAGCUCUAAAAUCGCGUCCAAAUGAGAAGCUAAAUGUUUUUGUCCAAAUAAAUACCUCAAAUGAGGCCACAAAGUCAGGAAUCACCCCAGAAAAUUGUCAUGAAAUUGUAAGUCACAUUAUAAGCAAUUGCUCGUCACUUAAUUUUAAAGGAAUAAUGACUAUUGGGCUAAGGGGAAGUGCAGAGGAUUUUGUUAUAUUGAAUGAGGCAAAGAGGCAGAUAUGCAGUGUUUUGAGUUUGGAAGAGCGGGAAAUUGAGCUUAGCAUGGGGAUGUCUGGAGACUAUGAAGAAGCUAUACGUAAUGGCUCCACAAAUGUGAGAGUGGGAUCAUUAAUUUUUGGGGAAAGGCCGAAACACUAA